AUGUCACGACACCGUCUCCUCCAGCGAUACCUCCGACCCGGCUUGUCCGCCGCUGUCAUCGUCCUCCUCCUUUAUUUUAUCCUCCGCGAUGACGCCUCCCGCUUCGCUUCCCCCGAUCAGAGCGCGCUGCUUACCCGCAACCGCACCUACCCUCGAUCGCCCAUCACGGUCGUCACCGCGUACUACUACCUCCCAUCCCGUCACGCCUACAGCGAAUACCUUGCGUGGAUGGACAACUUUCUCAACCACAUCCCCUGCCACCUCUACAUUUUCACGCACCACACCAUGCUCGACAUCAUCGUCAGCAAACGCCGAUCCUUCCUCCGCGAUCGCACCCGUUUCAUCGUGCGGGAAUUGGAAGAGUUAGAAGAGUACAGCAACAUGACAGUGUAUCAGAAAUUGCGCGAUAACGAAAACCGCGACACAGCUCAUUCCGCGGAGAACUACGUCAUCUGGAAUCAGAAGUGGCGAUUUGUUCUCGAAGCCAUGGAGGAGAACGUCUUCCAGUCCGAAUAUUUUCUCUGGGUGGAUAUCGGAUCGUUUCGUGAUCGCAGUCUGCUGUAUCCGCAGCGCUCGUUCCCCAGCAUUGAUUCGGUGCAGUCACUAGCGCCGAAAGACAAGCUGACGCUGCUAUUGGUUUAUCCGUUUGUCGCCAAUGCUUCUGAUUGGUGGGAGGAUAUCACGGCUGAUCAUGUGGGGGCGGGGAUUGCUGGAGGAUAUCCGCAUGCGUGGCGGCAGUGGAUCGAAAAGUAUUAUGAGACGCAGAGAGUUUUGUUGACGAGAGGGGUCAAUGCGGGGAAGGAGCAGAACGUGAUGAACGCCGUUGCGCGGCGGUAUCCCGAGACGGUGCAUCUGGUCACGCCGCAGCCGUAUUUCGGUGACCGGUGGUUCUAUCUACAGUACUAUUUUGCUUGA